GUUCGUUCUUCCGCUUCGCGUUUCCUCUUUCUCUAUAAGUCCUUCCAAAAAACCGACCAACUUCCAAAUCCAAUACCACAGAGAGAGAGAGAGAUUGGGUUGAGAUCUACAGAGGGAGAGGAUGAGGGAACCGACGGCGACGGAGGGAGAGAACGGAGCUGUUGUUGCUGUGACGGCGACGUCGGCGGUGGCGUCUCCGCCGCAAGCUUUAGUGGAGCGGCUCAAGGAUUACGGUCAGGAAGAUGUUUUUGCUCUCUGGGACGAGCUCUCACCGGAUGAGCGGGAUCUCCUCGUCAAGGAAAUUGAGAGUUUGGAUCUUCCCAGAAUAGAUCGCAUCAUCAGAUGCUCACUCCGAUCUCAAGGUUUGCCCGUGGCCGCAAUUGAGCCGGUGCCGGAGAAUUGCGUGUCGACGGUGGAGGAGAGAACGAUGGAAGACAGAGAAAAAUGGUGGAAUAUGGGAUUGAAGGCUAUCUAUGAAGGAAAACUGGCUGUGGUGCUUCUAUCUGGUGGACAGGGUACAAGGCUUGGAAGUUCAGAUCCAAAAGGGUGUUUCAAUAUUGGACUGCCAUCGGGGAAGUCUCUCUUCCAGAUUCAAGCUGAGAAAAUUCUGUGUGUCCAAAGGCUUGCUUCUCAAACAAUGAGUGAGGGAACAACUCGCUCAAUUACAGUACACUGGUACAUAAUGACCAGCCCAUUUACCGAUGAACCUACUAGAAAAUUUUUUUCGAGUCAUAAGUACUUUGGCCUUGAACCAGAUCAAGUUACUUUCUUCCAACAAGGUACCCUACCUUGCAUAUCAAAGGAUGGGAAAUUCAUCAUGGAAACACCUUUCGGAGUAGCCAAGGCUCCAGACGGAAAUGGGGGAGUCUAUGCAGCUCUGAAAUGCUCGAGAUUAUUAGAGGACAUGGCUUCCAGGGGGGUAAAGUACGUGGAUUGUUAUGGUGUAGACAACGUCCUGGUUCGUGUAGCUGAUCCAACUUUUCUGGGGUAUUUCAUCGACAAAGGGGUGGCUUCCGCUGCAAAGGUCGUACGGAAGGCUUAUCCCCAAGAAAAGGUGGGAGUGUUUGUGAGGAGAGGAAAAGGUGGACCUUUGACUGUAGUUGAGUACAGUGAGCUCGACCAGUCUCUGGCCUCUGCAAUUAAUCAAGUAACAGGCCGUCUUCGAUUUUGUUGGAGUAACGUGUGCUUACACAUGUUCACUGUGGAUUUCCUUAAUCAAGUGGCAAACGGCCUGGAGAAAGAGAGCGUGUACCAUUUGGCGGAGAAGAAGAUCGCGUCAGUGAACGGGCUCACGACGGGACUGAAGCUAGAGCAGUUCAUAUUCGAUUCCUUCCCAUACGCUCCUUCGACUGCCCUUUUCGAGGUACUGAGGGAAGAGGAGUUUGCGCCGGUGAAGAACGCAAACGGGUCGAGCUUUGACACACCAGAGAGUGCAAGGCUUCUGGUAAUGAGGCUUCACACUCGUUGGGUCAUUGCAGCUGGUGGCUUUCUCACUCAUUCUGUCCCCUUAUACGCAACUGGUGUAGAGGUGUCACCACUGUGUUCAUACGCCGGAGAAAACCUAGAACCCAUAUGCCGAGGAAGAACAUUUCAUGCUCCUUGUGAAAUCUCCCUCUGAAGGGUUUCUCUCUCUCUCUUUUUUUUUUGUCACUUCUGCACAUUGAUUUACGUUUCUUUUCCGGCUAGACAAAGACCUACUCCCCUUCUCUCUGUCAUAUAUAUAUAUAUAUAUAUAUAUAGGUGGAUUCAUCUUAUACAUGAUGAUGAAGCAAAGUUGAGAUACC